UCGCCGUUUGGCGUUUAAAGGGUUUGACUGUGAACAGAAAUACCGGCAGCCAAACAUGGAAGAACAGACUAACUUUGUGCAACUUGUGAGUCAGAAUAAAUUGACUGCCAACCCAGACGUGGACUGUUCUCAAACAAACCAAUGUCAGAAAAAUCAGGAAAUCGUUUUCAAAGAAGGGACGUACUCCAUUGCAAAGCAGGCGUCCUCAGAUAUCUAUGUUGACAGCACAUCGUCCAAGCAGUCUGCAUCACUGUCAUCUUGUGGAGAGGGUGCCAGCGUUUGUGCCAGGCUGGGUUGUGGCCGUGAGACGGAGGCAGUGGGUGUCAGUUAUGGGUUUCACAGUGCACGUCAACCUGACUGCCAGCCUGCAUCCUCGCUGCUGCGUCUUCCUCCUUACUCUGACCUCCUGCACUCUCAGACCACGUCUUCGCAGUGCCAUCCCACAGUGGUGUCUCGACUGGGCACCGGCACUAACCCCUGCUCCAGGGGAACAUGGUCUGCAGAUGAGGCCAGUCAGUUUGGAGCGAUGUCGGCAGAAGUGAUGGAGGCUGUUGCCAGUAUUACAUCUGACAGCACAGAGGAGGCUUCUUAUGAUGUGCAGCUAUAUGAGAAGUUUUUUCCUCAACAAGAAAUGACAGCAGUACAAAGAUCCCUAGGUAUUGUGGACAAUCAACCGAUGCUCACCCAGCCAGUGCCAUCUAUUCUCAAAACAUUUGACCACCCAAGAGAGCAGGGGCACAGUCUGUGCCAGGGAGGACCGCAGCUGGUGGUUGUAAACAGCUGUAACCAGGGGCAGAUGAACUCCUUCCAUGGUGUGGAGCACUCUCACACCAUACCCUACCCAGAACCUCAGGCGUACACUCCCUUCCUGACCGACACAGCUGGGAAAGCAGUUUCAGCACCUUUGGGAAGGGUGGCUACCAAUGCUGUACAGACGCCAUGCCUGAACAUACCACAGAAGCAUUCCAGUGAUGUUCCUCUUGUGAGGAUGGGUCCUCCCUUCACUCAGCCACUCUUGUUUGGGGCUGGGCAUCCUGUCCCCAGACCACCGCAAGAAUUCCUGCAUCCCAGCUGCACGGUGCCUCCACCUGUAAACAGUGGCUUUGGAUACAAUUUUCUGCCAACCUCCUACUUUCCACAGGCCUGUCCUUUUUUCUCGAACACCGUUGGCUUCCUGGCGGACACUUGCACACAAGGCCAGUCUGAAAGAUCUCUUAUUGGGUUUGCAGGGGCUUCCUGGGAUUCUAAAUCCAAGAAACCCUGUAACUGUACUAAGUCCCAGUGUCUUAAAAUGUACUGUGACUGCUUUGCUAAUGGAGAAAUUUGUAGUAACUGCAACUGCAUUAACUGCUACAACAAUGUAGAACAUGAGUCAGAAAGAUACAAGGCCAUUAAGACUUGUCUGGACAGAAAUCCUGAAGCGUUUAGGCCAAAGAUUGGAAAUGGAAAACAUGGGGAGAUCAAAGGCCGACACAACAAAGGCUGUAACUGCAAGCGCUCUGGGUGCCUUAAGAACUACUGUGAGUGCUAUGAGGCCAAGAUCAUGUGCUCAACUACCUGUAAGUGUGUUGGAUGCAAAAACUAUAAAGAUUGUCCUGAACAAAAGAUGAUGGGGUCAACAGGCUUUGGGGAGAAGAUAAAUACAAGACCCUACAAAAUAUCGACAGACAUAAUAAAGAGGUGUCCACUUUCAUGUGUCACACUUGAUGUUGUCCAAGCAACUUGCCGAUGUCUCCUUGUUCGAGCUGAGGAAGCAGAAAAGGCCGAUUAUUCUUUGUAUCAAGCUGAGAAAAUGAUUUUAGAAGAGUUUGGUCAGUGUUUAACGCAAAUCAUUCAGUCAAUGCUAAAAUCUGGUAACUUCAAUCCCUAGGGCUACCAUAAAAUAUCCUUACAACCAAGAACUUUGUUCUUUGUUGUUUGCUCUUAGUUCAUCUGAUG